GUAAUCAUUGACGUUCACUUUAUCGAGUAAUUUCAAGUAAAAUCUGAAAAAACGUUAAAUAUUGCAAGGUGUGCAAAUUGUUUUGUUUAUCGCUAUGAAGCAAUUAGGGCGAAUAAAGCAAUUUAUCUUUGUAACUGAAAAGUGCAACCGGGUCGGUUUCAAUUCUGGAGAAUGGUAUCGGGUCUUGUUUCUCGAAAUUAUGCUUGGGAUCUUCUGGGCUGUUCGAUUAACAAUUAAGCGACACACGGUAUUCGAAGUUGCUUCCAGUGUAAAAAUAUAUAUUUGGCUUGUUAUCAUCAUUGCAAUUCCUAUGCAAUUCGUGAAAACAUUCCUAGUUUGGAGUGGCAUCAUAAGAAGAUGUCCCACCCGACUCAGAAUAUAUUGUCGACUUUCGCAAGUGGAAUUUCCACUUUACAUCUGCUUCAAGUUACUCAUACUCAGAAAUACUUUCCUCACCAAUUCAAUGUCAUUUUUGCUCAUUGCCUCCGAAAUCCUGACUUUCCUUGUGACCUCUUUCACCUGGGGUUGGCUGGCUUAUUGGGCAGUUCCGCAUUAUUUGCGACAGGUGGCCAAAACGGAAGCUGCCAUGACUGACUUUAAACGGAAAAUGGACCAGUAUUUAAAUGAGGGAGAUGAAUACGUGCAAAACUUGGACACUUCCGAAUAUGUAACUUUAGAUGAGUCCUUCAAUGUUGUGGACAAUAAGCUUUUACUGGACUCUUUGAUAACACCACUAGAAUUGCAAAUUGACAUAUCUCAUAUGAUCGGGGAUGGACAGUUCAGUUUGGUUUACAAAGGAACCCUUCAAAGAAAUGGGAAGAGUUUUGAAAUUGCUGGAAAAACUGGGAAAACUAAAGAAAACAGUUUAGAAAUGCUGGUCAAAGAAAUGCAGGUUAUUUUGCAUGUUGGGUCGCAUCCAAAUAUUUUGACGUUCUUUGGAGUUACUUGCGACCCAAACACUGGCAGUUACUUCCUCAUUUCGGAAUUUUGCACCAUGGGAUGCCUUCACUCGUAUCUAGAAAAAUUACGUCCCACUGUUUCCGGUUUUUCGGCCUUGCUCGACCAAGAGGACAGAAAAUAUGUGAACAUAACCAUUAACUUUAUGGAGCAAGAACUUCACCAAUUGCGACAAACCCUGCAGAGAUUUUCUCUGGAAAUUUGUGGAGGCAUGUGUCAUCUCGCACUCAAGAAGGUAAUUCACGGAGAUCUCGCAGCAAGAAAUGUUCUCAUUACAAAAGACUUGCGUGCAAAACUUUGCGACUUUGGAAUGUCUGGAAAAUUAUACAAUUACCAGAUUUAUGUUAAGAAUUUUCAGCAGAACUUCUUGCCCUGGAGAUGGGUAAGUGUGGAAGCGCUUGACGAUCUUAAGUUCUCGGAACAAUCGGAUGUUUGGUCAUUUGGAGUUUUUCUCUGGGAGUUGUACACGCUUGGUAGAUUGCCAUUUGCUGGUCAGUCCUGGAGUGUCACUCUUCCCGAUGAUAUCCGAGCUGGAAUUUACAAACUUGAUAAACCAGAGCUUGCAACUUCAAAAAUAGACAACAUCAUUCGUCAAUGUUGCUCCAUUGACUCGAAAAUGCGACCAACGUUUAAAACCUUGUCCCAGUUGUUGCAAGAUAUUUGAUUGAAUAAACGGUUUGUUUUAAAUA